GGAAUUUCCCGAAUGAAUUGGUACGAAACACUUUUCUCCGCUUGCAUCUUUCAACAAUCAUUUUGUAGGUAACCAGCUGGUGGAACGACCAUAUUUUCAAUCACAGACUCUAAUCUCACUUAGUGAAAAGGCAUAAAAGAAAGGCUUAAACCAUGACAGAACGGCCAGUGAGGGUUCGAUGCCACGGAGUGGUAAAAAGACUCCGCAUUACAGGAAACCUCAAUAACGUACUGAAGGUGAUUCGCCAAGGGUUCGAUAUACUUGCUGAUGCUGAUAUCACCCUGACGAUGGUGGUGGAAGGGAAUGGAACCCCCCGCCCCGUCACUGAGCAGACCCUCCAAUGCAACUGGAAUAAGCUUCAAGAACUGAAUGUGACACUACCACGUCAAGCCCAAAGGGCGCUGGUGAACCCAGCCCAUCUUCAGACAGUCAUCAAAGGAAGAUUGUACAAGAUUGACGAACCACCAAGUCGAAACAGCCAAGUCGUCCAAAAGUGCCGACGCGAGAUGGGGAUCAUGAAAAACAUCGCCGAAUUCAAAAACAUGUACCCGAGGACCAUCAGCUUGGUCGGGGACCUGCAUUGCUCAGUCAGUACUUUGAAGACUUCAGUCUUGGUCAGAGGCACCAACUUGGUGUCAAAGUGGAAGACUGUCGUAAAAAGCCUCAUAGACAUUUUUGUUAAAUCAGAGUCUGCCUUUGAGGAUUUAAACAAAUUGUGUGCAACCGUCACAGAUGUUUUGCAGCAGCUGAGUCUCGACUUGGUGAACGGGGAUCAUCAACCGGCUAUUGCUAUUCUUGAAAUGUUGAUGAGUAAUGGAGACGAAAUGGAGAAAGUCGCUCGAGAAUUGGACGGUAGUAUUGAACGGUCAAUGGGGAAGAUUGAUGGCGCUGUCCAAACCAUCAAGAAUGAGAAGAAACAGAUAGAAACAAAAGUUGAUCAUACGACGAGGGAGAAGAACAGAACUGAGGAAAAGAUAGAGCGGCAAAGUCUGGAAAUUGAUAGACUUGAGAGUAAGCUGAGAGAGUAUACGAAUGAGAUCAAGGGAAAGAAAAUAGAUGCGGCAAUAAGUGGAACAACAACUGGAGUUGGAGUUGGCCUUACCGUCGCCGGGAUCCUGUUUCCACCGUUGCUCUUGGCCGGUAUCCCGACACUGGUAGGAUCAUCAAUUUACCUCGGGGUGACCGUCAGUCAAAUCAAAGAUCUCGAAAACGAGAUAAGUGCAGCAAAGGAUGAAAAAGGGAGAGAGGAGAGGAGGAAAGAAGAACUUAAACAGACACAGAGCGAGCUCAGAAGCGACCUUCAAAAGUUGAAACCGAUUUCUACUUGCCUGCAUGAUGUUUGGGGAGAAAUGGUGGGGAUUAAAGUAGCCGUCAAAAAGAUGGAGUCGUUUUGGCAAGGACUGAAUGACUUCUGUAAAUCGGUGAUGGCAUCGGAGCGACGAAUGGUUUCUGUGAUGAAAAGUGACAGCACGAAUCCUGUUACUCUUUCUGAUGCCUUCAAGUCACAGAUUGUGAAUUUCUCGGCAAGGUCAGUUGCUCUGCAUGAGGUUUGUCAGAGUUGCCACGAUGAUGUCAAAACAGCCUUAUCGAAACUGCGCUCAUAUCAAUGUAUGUUUUGAAAUGUGGCGGGGAAUUCUACCGGGAUUAUUUUGGUUUGGACUGAACGAAUAUUUGGCGGGUAGAUACCAAGGGAAGACUUUUCUGCGUCGGCUUAUAUAUAGCAUCCUCGAAAUACCAGAGUCAGUCGUAUCCUCCUCCCCUCGCACACGUACGCUCGAUUGUUGGUGCUGAGUGUUGGCCAGAAGUGCAGGAUAUAGCCGUCGAAACCAUCUCUCACCUACGUAGAUUAUUCACGAUUGUACGAGGGAUAUAUUUAUCGCUGAAUCAACUACGAUCCAUGCAGUCCUUUCCUCUGUCCAGAUCAGCUGAUUUUGGAGACGACAUGACGACGUCAGAACAUACCGUAACCAUGAUGCCAUCUGAGGACUGUUAAUCUGCAAAUUCAAAAUGUUGGUACAAAUAUAUAUUAAAAUGGGUACCUGUCAUAGAAGGCUAUUCAUGUUCACCGUAGGCUUUCUAUGUAACGAUAUUUAUGUUAUCCGAUAAAGAUGAGGAGCUACUUUUUUCGUAGUUAGUAUUUAACUCGAAAAAUAUUGAC